CCAUUUUUUCCAUCGCUCUCCCCUCUCUCCUCUCCUCUCCUCUCUCUCCAUCCUCAUACACACACACUCUCUCUCUCUUUUCGCCGCUCUUCUUUCUCAAAAAAGCCAUGAAGGCGAUCCCGCGAUCCAUCUUCGCCUCCGUGCCAUCUUUGUAUUAUUUCUAAUUAGUUUUGAAUUUAUUAUUAUUUUUUGCUCAGUGAUUUUUGUUGUUGUUGUUGUUGUUGUGUGUGGAUGACGAAGGCGCCGGAUGAAGACAUUCUUUUGCCCCAGCGGAGUCUCCCAUGUGUAACCCCGGCUCUUCCCGAUGUGAUCCGCACUGAGCGCCGCCGCCAGCCACCAUGUCUCGCCGCAAGCAAGGGAAACCUCAGCACUUAAGUAAACGGGAUUUCUCGCCAGCCGACCCCCUGUCCACGGCAGUUGUCUCGUCGGAGGAGUUGUCAGAGCGCUGCUCGGAGCAUUCGGAGGGGAGCAGCAGCCUAAAUGGGCACCGCUCAGGCUCGACAUUAGGCCGGCUAUCGCGACCGGGUCACGACCCCCACCACUCUCCGGAACAGGACCUGCUGACCUGCGGCCAGUGCCAGGCCACAUUCCCCUUGGCGGACAUCCUGCUCUUCAUUGAGCAUAAGAGGAAGCGAUGCAACGGCCCCCCCUGUCUGAGUGUGGGACGAGGCCUAGACAAGCCCCCCUCACCCUCCCCGGGCCUGGCCCUGACCCCGUCUCCGGCCUUGAGCUCUCUGCGCAGUCGAAGGCCCGUGGAAGUCGGCAUCCAGGCUACACUGGCGGACGACGACGACGAGCGCUUUUUGUCACCUAGAGGAAUCUGCCCCAAACAGGAGCUCCUCCCAGGAAAAGAAGAACCGACAACCUACACGUGCACUACAUGUAAGCAGUCAUACGGCAGUGCCUGGUUUCUGCUGCAGCACGCCCAGAACUCUCACGGUUUCCGUAUCUAUCUGGAGAGUGAACAUGGUAGUCCUCUCACCCCACGAAUGGGUGGGCCUUCCUCCCUGGGUGGGGGUGCAGAUUGCCCUUCUCAUCCUCCACUUCAUGGCCUCCAUCUGCCUCCUGAUGCUAGUCCUUUCAAUCUCCUUCGGAUCCCAGGCUCAGGCUCAGGGGGUAGGGACAGUGUGGGAGCAGGAAGUACACUUGGGGUUGGUGGUGGACUCCAUCAUCAGCGUUUUCCUCCCACACCACCUAUCUUUAGCCCACCUCCAAGGAACCACCUCGACCCCCACCACCUGAGCCCAGAGGAACUGGCGCUGGCAGCCCACCACCCGAGUGCCUUUGACAGGGUGCUGCGCCUCAAUCCUCCUCUUCCCAUGGAGCCCCCUCCAACAAUGGAUUUCUCACGGCGACUACGGGAACUGGCGGGGAACACCUCAGGGUCCACUCCCCCUCUAUCCCCCAGCCGGCCUGGUCCCAUGCAGCGCUUACUCCAGCCAUUCCAGACAACUGUGGGAAGCAUAGGUACAGGAGGUGGAGGGGGUAACAAAACUCCAUACCUUGCAACCCCACCACCUCUGCCAGGAUCCAUGCAGUCCCCUGUGGGUUCUCAGACCAAUCCUACCACUCCUCUUCCCUCUACAGGGGCAACACCGUCGUCCAACACGCCGAUGAAAUCAAAGUGUUGUGAGUUUUGUGGAAAAGCAUUUAAGUUUCAGAGUAAUCUAAUAGUGCACCGGCGCAGCCACACAGGAGAAAAGCCGUACAAAUGCCAUUUGUGUGACCAUGCCUGCACACAGGCAAGUAAGUUGAAGCGCCACAUGAAAACUCACAUGCACAAAUCCUCCUCGCCAAACACAGGAAAGUCAGAAGAUGGACUUUCAACUGCUUCCUCUCCAGAGCCAGGUACCAGUGAACACAUGGGAAGUGCCAGCAAUGCCCUUAAAUCAGUGGUGGCCAAGCUGAAAUGUGAAAACAACAGAAUGCUACGUGAGAAUGGAGAGGAAGAGGAGGAAGAAGAAGAAGAAGAAGAGGAGGAGGAAGAAGAGGAGGAAGAAGAAGAGGAAGGAGAGGAGGAGGAAGUUCACAAUGGGGAGAGGGUAGCUCGACGAAACAAUAGCUACCACUUUGGCUUGAACCUUGAAACUGCACGUCCGCAUGAAAACAAUGGAGGUAUUGGAACCCGACUUGGUGGAAUGACUGAUGAGGGGUCCAUUCCACGUUCACUCCCUGAGGUAAUGCAGGGAAUGGGUCUUGCUGCUAGCAUGCAGCAUUUCACCGAAGCACUCAAUGCACACAAAAGGAACGCCAUUGCCCAGGAGAACCACCUCCACCACCACCUAAACAGGGGACAUCCACAAAAUCGGGAGAUGUGCGAUUCCAACUCAGUGUCAGAAACAAAUCAUGGCGAGGAGGGCUCACUUUCAACUGUAAACGGACGUGGAGCAUCUCCCAAUGAAUCUGCCUCUGUCUGCCUUUCUAAAAAACUGCUUUUGGGUAGCCCAAGUCCACUUAGUCCUUUUUCCAAACGUAUCAAGCUGGAAAAAGAAUUUGACCUGCCCACUCCCACAAUCCCGAACACAGAGAACGUCUAUUCGCAGUGGCUUGCUGGCUAUGCUGCUUCUCGACAGCUCAAGGAUCCUUUUCUGAACUUUGGAGAUUCCAGACAAUCGCCCUUUGCCUCUUCGUCCGAGCAUUCCUCAGAGAACGGCAGCCUGCGGUUCUCAACCCCUCCUGGGGAACUCGAUGGUGGGAUGUCAGGUCGCAGCGGUACAGGAAGUGGGGGUAGCACACCUCAUCUUGGGGGUCCUGGGAGGCCGAGCUCCAAGGAUGGUCGAAGGAGUGAUACUUGCGAGUACUGUGGCAAGGUAUUUAAAAACUGUAGUAAUCUGACUGUGCACCGCCGCAGUCAUACAGGGGAGAGGCCAUACAAGUGUGAGCUGUGCAAUUACGCUUGUGCCCAGAGCUCCAAACUUACUCGUCACAUGAAAACCCACGGUCAGGUGGGCAAGGAUGUAUACAAGUGUGAAAUCUGUCAGAUGCCCUUCAGUGUGUAUAGCACCUUGGAGAAACACAUGAAAAAAUGGCACAGUGACCGUCCAUUGAGUACAGAAAUAAAGUCAGAGUAGAAAGCUGAACAAUGGGACCUUUUCCCUGCAGCUGUCUGCCAUUAGCUCCCUGUUUAUUUCUCGACUCUUGCAGUUUUUGCCCCAAAUCCCAAACUCCACUUUCACCAGGCUGGUGGAAAGUUAAGACCAUGUAUCCCACACCAGGACACCCCCGUAUUCAUUAUCCAUUGAAUGCAUGAUCUGUAUCGGGGCAAUACUCUAGCAUUGAGGCAAAACUUUGAGCCUUUUUCUUGUGCAAUAAAUUACAUGUUGUGUACUAUUUUAUUUUUUUAGUUUUGCAUUUUCAUUUCAAAGAAUUUGUCAGCAUGCAUAGUAUGUUUUUGGUAAUCAAAAACAACAAAAAAAAAGAAAUGAAAAAAGAAAAGAACUUGUCCCUGGUUAGUUACUUGUUUAGUAAAUGUGUUGCUGUUUUCUCUUGUUAUGUUUUCUUUCUUUUUAUUCUUCAAAAAGAGAAAAGACAAGAAAGAUACAGUAUACCCAAGCUGCAUAUACCCUGUAAAACAUAUCAUGUACAGUUUUGUGUUGUUACAUGGAAAAUGACCCUCUUUUGGAACCCCUGGAAAUGCACUUACCCGGAUCUUUCUAAAAGAUGCCAUGUUCACACAGGGUUCCAAUAAAGUACUGCAUUGGUUUGAUAAUUAAAUGGAUAAUUUUAACGGCAGUCAAAUUUCAAUAACGCAAGGGUGUGCAAAGACUUUCAAAAUCGUACUAUCAUUUGGUAGAGUAAGAAAGAGUGCCUUUGAUAUUUUAAGACUACAUUGGCCAUAAUCUUAUCUGGAAUAAGUUUGGGGGCCCCAUUAGGCUGUUGAAACCAUCAAGAAAAGGUCCUUGCAUCAAGCACCUGCCUGGCCCAAUGGUCUGUGAACACCUCCCAAUCAAUGAUUCUGUUCCUAGUUAAUGACAAUUUCGCUACCUAAUACAUGCUCAGUGGUCUUAUCUUCAGUAUGUGGCUUUCAAAAGGAGCAUGGUAUGACCAGUAAAGUGGAUAUCUCAAUUUGUGUAGUUCUGUUUCUGUUAAGGAGCUACUUUUGAGGGGAAAAAAAUGGUAAUCUGUAGUAUACAAUCCUGAAUCUGAGGGGAUACCAGUGAUAAUUUUUCUGAGUUAGCACAAACCUGCUACAUGCUUUCAUUUCUGAUGUGUUAAACAGCACGUUAAGUAAUACAUGACCUUUAAUAUUGACUUGAGAGCAUUGAAAUACCUUGACCCUAGACAGAGAGAACGUUACGACAAACUUGAAAAUCCAUACGUGUGAGGGGACUAGAGGCAAUUACUUCUUCAUUUCUUCAAAACAGGGUUUGUAACAAUGAUCUCCAGCAAAAUAAAUUGGAAAAAAAAGAAAUCCAUCAAUACGCAGUGGUUCUUAAAAAGAUCGAAAUGUGAUUUUAAUCAGUAUGCAUAGGCUAAAGGAGAGCACAUACUUUUUUUGCUUUGAAACCGAAGAGGAGAUAUCUUUAUAAGCUGUUAUGAGUCAAGCACUUGUCAUUCAACCUGGAAGUACUAUCAGGGCUAUUACUUUGUACCACACAUUUGCAAUGGUGGACAGGCUGGAGUUGAAAUACUACAUUGUCAAUUAAAAGACAUGAAGUGCACUGUUUCAAAUUCCAAAAUAAAGUUUACACUGAAGGGGGGGGGGGGGGUCCCACUGGUUCACCCCUUGCCAUUUUACAUUUGACCAUUUGUCAAUGUGAUACCUCGAAAAUCCCAGGUGUCUACUGGGUCAAGAAAAAUCACUCUUUCAAGAAGGUCUGUACAUUAAAUGUACAGCUCUCAGAGAUUGUUUUAAAAAGGACUCUAGGUCCACUGGCAGCUUUAGUCCUUAAUGAUGACUUUGGUGAAGAGCUGCAUUGUUUCAUUCUUGCCAUCAAUGUCUUGGAUAAUCGAUUGAAUUUGUCGGCUGGACAAUAAACACUCAAAUGUUGUUGUUCACAUUUUUGUAUAAAUGUUCCUGUAAUUAUAGGUAUGGAAAUAAACAUUCUUUUGUUUCGGAAAUGACACUUCACUGUCUUUUAGGGGAAACUGUUAAGUUUGUUGUCGUUUCUCUUUUCCUCAGCGUCUUGGUGAUGUUCAAGACACCGAUCACAGUAUAUAUGACAUGAUAACAUAGAAAAGAAAAAUUAAACAAAAAAAUUCUGUGAUGGUUUUGUAUUUUAUUCUGCCUUGGCUCUUCACAGCUCUUCAGGUUGAAAUACAAUUUGCAUUUGGGAAAUGACUAAGAUUAUAUAUGAGAAUAUAAAGAACAUAAAAUAUAGGAAAAUGCACAUACAUGUCAAUUCCUAUGCUUAAACACAUUUAUGGUUGAUUUUUCUGUAUUUCUAGAACUGUAUUUGAAUUCAAUGUUCACUUAGAGUAGGCACUAUAGUAUUUAUAUUGAGGCUCGUAUUUUUAACUGUUGCUUGUUCUCUCUCAAAGGUACCAUACCUUUUUUGGUAGUGGAAAAAAUCCCAAACUGCCACGGUAUAUUUUUUUAAUUUGGCAGGAUAAUAUAGUGCAAAUUAUUUGUAUGUUUAAAGAGAUAAAAUGAAAAACUCAAUACAAAAAAUAAAAAACGGUAAAAGCGCGUGGCAUUGGGAGGCUAUAGGUCAUAUGAUGGCCGCUCCUCUCUUCCCUGUCCGCAGAGGUCGUUGUACAUAUCUUCUUUGGUUUUUGGUUCCGACCCUCCUUCCAUCCUGCUGCCAUUCUUGUAUGCAGUAAUACAAGCUGACAUUGGCCUGUUCUAUUGUGUGCUUCUGUUUCUCUGACCUACCUGACAACAUUCCAACAAGUAGAGAGAAAAAAAAAAAAAUAUGCAGUACACGCCGUACAAAAAAAAAGUAUCAAAAUAAAUAUGUUAAAAAAAAUUCAAUGUUUUGCUUUUUUUUUCAUUGCCAAAUACAAAAUGGUGCUUUAUAUUUAGAUUGGGUAUACUUUCAUAUGCUAAGCAUAUUUAAAAUUGACCUGGGAGACGUGGAGAAGCCUGCUUGAGUUAAGAAUUUUUGUAAAUGGCAAUGCGAAUAUUUUGUUAUCAGCCUUUUCUAUUCCUGUUCUGAGAGUUGUUUGUUGUAACUUGAACUUGAACUUUAUCUUUUACAAUGGGAGUUGCUAUUUAUUAUCACCAAUAUGCUCUGUUUAAAACAGAGACAUGGGAUGGUUGCUUGUUUUGAUUUAAUUUUAUUUUAUAUUUUUGUUAAGAGUAUCAUUUCAUUUAUUUUGCAUUUGUGGCCAAUGGUCAUUUGACAAAUCAAGCUCUUUAUUCAUUUCAGUUGUAUAUGGAGUACCUGUUGAGUUGUAUUAAGAAAACCACACUGUCUGUGUUUUCUGACAUAAUCCUGUUACCACACCCAUUUUGUCCCUUUAUCA